AAUUAUUUUAGUUUAGGUCUCGAUUAUUCAGACGCCGCUGUUCAGGGAUUGAAACUGAGUUAGGUCUUUUUUACUUUGAUUGAACCGCAUAGAAGUAUGUGGGUCAGUUGAUGUUGUCAGUUGUCAAUGGCCCGGUCACGCGGUAUCGCGGUGCCCAAUUGUAAACCGAGAUGAGUAUUCAGCGUUUUUACAGGAAAUUUACUUAUAUAAGAUUAUAAAAGUCGGGACUUUUUCAACGUGAGCAUAAUCAAUUUUUUUGUUACAGAUACGAUUUACAUAGACUGUACAUCCGUUUGCUCUUAGAAAAUUGUUACGCGAAGAAGAAGGUAGGAGAUGAGGAAGGCAGUAAUUGAAAAAAAAAGCGAAGGUGGGGGUAGAAGCAACAUUCAGAGCGUCGGGCAACGUUCAGGUAACGCUUCGUAGGUAGAACAGCUAAUUGCGUUACACCUGCACGAACCGAGCGUGUUAUCGUGCUCGCGAGUUUGACUCAGCAUUUACGAGAAGAAUCUAUAAACCUUUCGUUUCGUUUCGUUUUGUUUUCACGUGACUGAUUUGCUUUCACGUGUAAUUGCCAGUUGCACGCGAGACAGCGUUGUUUGUUUGAUCGAGGAAACCGGAAGCUGGCCACAUGAGCCGAGGAUCUAUUUCCAGUUGGCAGGAUUAUGGACGCAGAAGUUCUCAAGGCAUACCACAAUUCAGUGGAGGUCCGGUGGAAUUUAUGACUAGCGAUGGCAUGGAAUACAAAAGGGGUGAUGGUUGGUUCCUUUCGUACACAAAGAUAGCAGGAAUCGUCGUAGUAUUUGUUAUAGGCGUUGUUGCCGCGGGAUUUCUCGGAUGGUACAUUAAUUCUUUACCAAAGAAAAAACCUUAUGACACCUUAGAUCUAUUGAACGAUGAAAUCGAAGACAUAGACAGUGUUAGUGAAACUUUGAUUUCGCCUUCGGUGAAUCCUUUGAAAUAUCGUCUCCAAUUGACGCCGAUAAUUAAUAUCGAUAGUGUGUCAGGAAUAGUGGGACGAGUGAUUAUUGAAUUUCGAGUAAACGACGCAACAAGUUUAAAUAAUCUAUCUUUAAAUGCCAAAAAUAUCUCAGUGGAGAAUUAUAAAUUAUUGUUGCUGGAUCCUGAAAAAGGCAGGGAAGAAUCCAGAAGAAGACUGGACAAUGAUGAAGCCAACUAUAGUAGUCAAGAAAACAAUCGAACGCUUGCUGUUCGUGCUAUGCAUUCCGUAGAAAAUGACGAUUUAGUAACAGUAUCAGAUAAUGAAACAACGGUGUUUGAAAAAAAUGUUGAAACAACUCCGAUAAAUAAUGAUUCUUUUCGUUACCCUAAUCAGAAUAAAGAUCCAAAUCUUUCGGAUAGCAACAGCUUCUCGGAAAUUGAAAUUACAGAGUAUAGAAUAGAAGAUGAGAAAGAUAUUCACACGAUUCAAUUAGCAAAUCGAUUGAAAGAAGGAAUUUAUUUCUUAGAAAUCAAUUAUCAAAUUGUGAUCAAUGAAAAUGCAUUUUUUAUUACAAAUUGUUGUUCAUCCGAGGAAGAACGGUGGUUUAUGGGAACAAAAUUAAAACGAUCAGGAGCUCGAUACCUUUUUCCAGUGUUUGACGACACGUUGCAUAAGUCAAUAUUUUCCGUGUCUGUAAUACAUUUCAGAGAAUCGAGAGUCCUCUCGAAUAUGCCCCUUAGGACAUUAAGAGAUACUUCAAAUGUAUCGGUGGUAAUUGACACCUUUGACGAGUCUCCGCCUAUCUCGCCCCAUAAUCUGGCUUUUCUAAUGGGUCACUUCGAGUCCAUAGGGGUGACAUUCGCAGGAAAUUCCGACGUGGUGGCUACAUUUUGGGGUGAAUCGAACAGACAGUCGCAAGGAAUUUACGUUUUUGAUAAAUUCAGUCUAGCUGUUACUAAUUUAAUUGACGUGUUCUCGAUGCCAUAUCCUUUACCCAAGUUGGAUGUGGUAGGUUUACCCUCAGGAAUCGACGAAAAUAUGGCUAAUCCAGGACUAAUUGAAAUGAAACAGUCGCUGUUUUAUGCCACCGAAAAUUCCUCAAUGGCUCUAAAAACCAAUGCUCUAAGGGUCCUCGUCGAUUUGCUGCAGCAGCAAUGGACCAGCGAGUUCACGAAUGUGAAUCGAACAGAUGCAUGGAUCUUCGAGGGAUCGAUGAUCUACUUUCAACAGGAAAUCGUUCGAAAGAUAGAUUCGUUAUCGAUCGACUUCUUCGUCGGCGACAUUCAAUCGCAUUCCAUGGAGAUCGAUGAGUACAGUAUCUCGAGACCUCUUCACGAAAACGUUAAUCAUCGAUCGUUGCACAUGCUCGAUGAUGAGUAUGCGAAAGGUGCAUGUCUGAUACGCAUGUUGCAUGGCGCGAUAAACGAUACAGCGUUUAGGAACGGCUACAAGAAACUGAUAAGCAGGUGGAAAUAUAAUACUACCGAGGUUGCUGAUUUUUUGAACUUCAUGCAAGAAGAAGCGACUGAAUUGCCUUCUGAAAUGUCGUUGGAGGAAGCAAUGAAUUCUUGGAUUUUUCAAGGUGGAUACCCACUAAUCACUGUUAUUAGAAAUUAUGAAAAAGGAUCUGCCAUUCUUUAUCAGGAGCAAUUUACUUUGGACAGGCCACUGGAAAGUAUUUCCAAAUUUUGGCACGUCCCCCUUGAUUACAUCCAAGAAGAUGGUGACUGGUCGUCUCCCACAAAAAUAUGGUUUCAAUCGGAACCAAAAAUUAAGUUAGAUAAUAUUAAUUUAAACGAAUCAUGGAUCCUAUUUAACAUAAACAAAACGGGCUAUUACCGUGUCCAUUACGACGAAAGAAAUUGGAAGCUGUUGAAAAUGGUGCUGCAAGAUAACCAUGAGCUGUUUCCACCAGAAACUAGAGCAUCACUUAUAGAUGACGUUUUCAGUUUGGCUGCGGUGGGCUUAAUGAAAUACGAAGCUGUAUUCGAUUUUAUUAAAUAUAUGCAAACGAAGGAAAGGCAUUAUCUACCUUGGACUGUGCUGAUGCGACAUACUUUUAGAUUAAACAGACUUUUGUACGAAACUACCGCCUUCAGUGACUUUCAGGUAUUCAUGAUAAAAUUCGUGUCACCAUUGUACAAUGAAGUGGGAUCGACGCUGAAAGAAGGUUCACAGCUGCCACUGGUUGCUGUAAAAAUGGCGUGCAUGUUCGAGCAUCCUCAGUGUCUAAACUGGACGAAUAAUGUCUUUGAGAAUACAAAGAAUGACACUGAACUUUAUGAAAUUGUUCCUUCGCAUGUUCGUGAAACCUUCUAUUGCACUGUUGCUCGUUACGGAACACGAAGGGAAUGGAGUUAUUUCACGGAAAGGAUAACGUUAACGGAAGACGAAGAGGAGAAGAAACGAUUGUUAUCGGCGUAUGCUUGUUUCCAAGCUCCGUGGAUCUUACAAUCCAUUUUGAACGAAAUCGUUCAUGAAGAACUAUUCCAAGAGGAUGAAAUAGCAGUAAUUUUAAAGUCGUUCCCUCGAAAUCCAGCAGCAGCUCAAGCUGCGUCUCGAUUCGUUCGUGCAAAUUGGCAUGAAAUUACCCAAAGGUUUCCUGGAUCUUAUUCGUUGCUGAGAACUUUUGUGUUAUCAAUGAUUAAUGGUGUUACCACAGAACAAGAUUUAGAAGAUCUUCAACUAUUUAGGGAGAAUAAUUACGAAAGUAUGAAAGGAGCAAGGUAUGGAGCAGCACUUGUUGAAGCGAAUGGAAAUUUUGGGACGUUGUGGUUGAAAAGUUUUUUGCCUGAAUUUGAAAAAUUACUGAAAGAAGAAAUCAUUGAUGAAGCUUAAACUUCCUGAGAGUAACUAAUUACUUUGAUCAAAAAUGAUUCGCGCAAGAACAGUGCGAUUUUAGUAUACAAUGUAAAAGAAAUAACAUUUAGAAAAUAAAUUUAUUAUUAGAUG